ACAAAAGUUCGAUAGACCCUAGGUUAAAGGUUAGAAGAGAUAAUAUUACAUUUAUUUACCAAAUUUUUUGUCGUUCUAUCUUGCCUUAUGUGUAAAUUUUGCGUUAAGUCUUUCAUGUGUUAUAGAUAUAAAUGCAACUAAAGAAUGCAAAACAGGUUUGGUGUGAAGACUGUUAAACAUUUUAUUUGUGUUGGGUUAAGACCCGGCCCUAUGCACAGCCAUUGAAGAAAACUAAAAUUUGACAGACAUAAUUUUCUCAAGUAUUUAGCAGCCCAAAUGCUGAGACAGCGAGCAAAGACUAGUGGUGAUGAGGAAUGGCCACCACCGCCUCCUCCCAUCAUGGACGAGAAGGCCACCGCUUGUACCUCUAGGCUGCACCGACUUUCCACCACAGGCACAGUUGUUGCUGUUGUAUCCGUAACCAGUCUUAUCUACAUAAUUGCUCUCCUGCUCAACAACAGGUUGCCAUUGCCCCUCAAUAUAUCAGAUGAAACUUUCAACGCUGACAGGUUUAUUGCUGAAAGAGCUAGAAGCAUAUUAGAAGAGCUUUCCGAUCUUGGCCCCAAAGUAGCAGGCAGUUUUGUCAACGAAGUUCAUGCUGUACAUUUUCUACAGCUACAAAUCAAUAACACGAUUCUCCAGGCAAAUCCUAUCCACAAGAUAUCCCAGGACAUUCAAAAACCAACGGGUUCUUUCAGUAUUCCGCAUAAGACAUACAAAAUGGUGUAUCACUACAAUGGUAUACAAAAUAUAAUAGUCAAGAUCGGACCACAUUCUGCAGUCAAUGGAAGUCUGUUAGUCAACUGCCAUUUUGACUCUGUUCCUUUAAGUCCAGGGGCAAGUGACGACGGACUGAACUGCGCUGUCAUGUUGGAAGUUCUUCGAGUCAUAUCUCGGCAACGCGACCCACUUCAACAGAACAUAAUUUUUCUCUUCAAUGGAGCGGAAGAGACGCCUCUUAUGGCGUCUCACGGGUUCAUUACGACUCACAAGUGGGCCCCUGAAGUAAGAGCUUUCAUCAACCUAGAGAGCUGCGGGGCCGGUGGCAAAGAAGUUCUUUUUCAAGCCGGUCCUAACCAUCCUUGGUUGGUGCAGUUGUAUGCUGAAUCUGUUCCAUUCCCAAGUGCAAAAGUUCUGUUUGAAGAGAUCUUCCAUUCUGGACUGAUUCCGUCCGAUACAGAUUUUAGGAUAUUCCGCGAUUACGGCCAGAAACCUGGACUGGACUUUGCCCAUUGCAAGAACGGCUACGUGUACCACACCAAGUAUGACAGACAUGACAUGAUUCUACCCAGCGUUUACCAGCACACCGGGGACAACUUGUUGGCUUUGGUGCGACACAUCGUGGCUUCCGAACAGAUCAAGAGACCUAACGAGUUCAAAAAUGGCCGCCAGGUGUACUUUGAUGUCCUGGGACUUUUCAUGGUGCAAUACUCGGAAGUGAUCGGGAUCAUACUAAAUCUCAGCACCGUCGCACUGUCUGUGUACACAGUCAUUAAAAACACCCUCGCUUACACUUCUGGUAUGAAGAGGCAGGCGAUGUGUCGACAGCUGGCGUUGUCGGUGCUCGUGCCGGCUCUUGGUAUGGUUCUGGCGGUAACGAGCGCCGUUGCCAACGCCAUCGUCUUGGACUCUACACAGCGGCCAAUGUCCUGGUAUACCCACAACUCUUUGGUUUUGCCGAUAUACUUCCUACCAUCUUUGUUUGCUCUCUCUGCUCCGUUGUAUAUCUUCACUGCCUGCAAGAGUAGCAAGCUGUGUGAUGGAAUACAAGCGCAAAUGUACUGCAACGGAAUACAGCUGAUCUGGAGUGUUCUUCUUCUAAUCGCCACAGUGGCUGGGAUCAGGUCUGCGUACAUUUUGAUGAUUGUGGUACUGAUACCAGCUGUUGCCAAUUUCCUACUUCUGCUCUGUCAGAGGAACCAGUCAGUGCCCGUUUGGCUGUGUGGCUUCCUGGCGAGUGCGCUGUUGCCGGCCUUCUACACAGUCUACCUCAGUAUAUUGUUCCUGCAGGUGUUUGUACCUGUGACCGGUCGCAUGGGAGCCGACACUAAUCCUGACAUCAUCAUCGGAGUUAUCUGCUCCGUACUGUGUGUGCUUACUGCCAGCUACUUUGUGCCGCUGAUGGUGCUCAUAAGGAAACCAUGGACUGUGUUCCUAUCGCUGAUAUUUCUCUAUGUGGCUGGUGUGUUAACUGCUAUGUACACAUCCGUGGGGUUCCCCUACUUAAACACCCCUUCCAGCCCGACACCACAGAGACUAUAUGUAGUGCACUCAGACCAAACAUAUUACGGAAGCUCAGGAUUUGUGAGGAAAAGAGAAUCUGGAUUUUAUGUCAUGAAUUUGGAUCGACGAAUCAACGAGAUUGACAACGUCAUGUCAGAAAUGACAGAGGCUCAAGACAUCGCUGCUUUGUGCGAAGAAAUAUUCUGCGGGAUACCAGUGAUUUCCUGGAAAUUCAUGUUGAACAAGGAAUCGAAAAAUGUGAGAUGGCUAAAGGCAGGACCACCGGCAAUUUACGAGAAGACAGGUUUAGAAUUUGCAGGCUACGAAACCAUCAGUAAAGUCGAUGCUCCUCACUUAGUCAGAAGAGUACACUUCAAUGUAUCAGGGCCAGACCACAUGCACUUGAUAGUGUGGCCGAAAGUAGGCGUCAAGUUGGUCGGGUGGUCGUUCAACGAGAGUGGGAAAGAUCCUCCAACACCAACAGCUACAUGGGACACGAGGCCGGCCUACGUGGUCAGUUGUGUGCGAGGGUUGCACACAACACUUUCACCAGUAUACUUUGACCUCCAGAGUGAAGGCGAGGUACAGGUGCCUCUGGCCGCUUUUGUCGCCAUCGGCCAAUAUCUUCACGACGAAAGACAAUUCACCAUGGAAAUGAAAACAUUCCUGUCUAAGUUUCCCUCGUGGAGUCACGUGACGCCGUGGUUCUCGCAGACGGUUCAGAGAGAGUACUAGGCUGAAACUUUGUACUAGACAAGAAUGGAGUAUAAAACUUCGAGUACCAAAGUACACUCCUUACAAGACUGGGACCUAGUUUCAUAGUUGUGUACAUAGCUUAAGGGUCUACAACUACUCCACUGUUAGCGUAAGUUGUUUUGUGUGACAAAAUAUGAUGCUAUAUUAGCAGAACAGUUAGCUUAAAGUUUUUUAAUAUUUACUAUCUCACUUCUGAAUCUCAGGGGUCUUGGAUGUUUCAAGUUUUUAUUUAAGUUCAGUUUUUGUUUGAUUUGAAGCAGAUUUAAAUUAAUGUUUUUUUUAAUGAAGCCAUUUUGAUGAAUAAUGACUAUCCAAAAGUAGCUCUAAAAGACACAAUUGAUUCCAUUGCUCGAUUUGCAGAG